AUGGCUGCGCGAAUUCCCCGACUGGCAAGAUUGCUCUCACUGCAAAAUCCCAUUCAACAUUCCUUUACACGACAGGAUCAAACCUUCCUACGAAAGUCAAUAAUAUCCUCGGUCUCAGCUUCCCCGAGAAUAAAAAUUUCCCCUCGUUCAUACUCGACUCAGCCACCGUCCUCCGACAAAACUACCCCGAAAAGUUCCAAGAAUGCAACCGAGCAUAAUAAUAACAAUGACAUGCCUGACGUUCUUUCCGGCCUAAAGUCGAUCAAGAUGAGCCGAGCGACAAAAUUGGUCGUGUAUACCGCGCUUACUAUCAUGGCGACCGUGGAGAGCGUGUUUUGGAUAAAAGUCUUGUGGGCCAAAUUCGGCCCCGCGCAAAAGGAGUUGGAAGAUGGGCAGAAUUGA